AAGAUUCUAAAAAGAGAAACUGUUUGCUAUUUUUGAACUCACGUUUUAAGCGUUGUGAAAAGCAGAGUGUAUCUUUAUGUCUAUAUAAGGACGGGAACGGCUUAGCAUGGGAUUGUAUAUCCACAUAUUUGUAAAUAAGCGAUAUGUAGAACAUUUGACUUUCCUUGGAAAUAGUGACAGUGACUGUAAUCCUGAUCUCAGCCACGCUGUUGCUGCUUUUUGGUUUGUUUCCCCUCUGUUCUCUUGUAGCUGUUAGAACGAUACUGGAAUUAGAAGAGCCUGUUUGUUUAUUUGCAGAGACAGCGAGGAAGGGGGGAAGCUGGUGUCCUCCUUGCACAGCCCGUCUUGGGGUUAGAGGAACCCCGAGAAAUAGAGUAGGUUGGGACACUCAGAAGAGAGGCAGCAGGCUGAAUCUCUGGCUCCUGGAAGAAGAGACUAGCACACAGGGCAGCUGGCCCAGGACAGAGGAGUGGCCUACGUUAGAAGAGGCCUGAGGCCAACCUGGGGGCCCCUGACUUUUUUUUUUUACACCAGUAUAUCUGAGUUCUUGUAGAUCCACUUUUUAGUGGUGGAAACAUGACUUGAGGAGGACUCACUGAAGCGUUGUCAUGUGGAUUGAAACUGAAGAGGCUCUGGGCAACUCACCAGAAGUCUAAGGGACACUCUGUUCCCAAAAAUCCACAUUCUGUGAAGCUCUUGUGAAUGCCUCGAGGACCAAGGGACCGUUGCAAUCCCAUCUCGGGAAGGAAACCUCGACCUGUCUCCCAGCUGGUCGCACAGCAGGUUACUCAGCAGUUUGUGCCCCCUACCCAGUCAAAGAAAGAAAAGAAAGACAAAGUAGAAAAAGAAAAAAGUGAAAAGGAAGCAACUAGCAAAAAGAACUGUCACAAAAAAACCAGACCAAGAUUAAAAAAUGUGGAUCGGAGUAGCGCCCAGCAUUUGGAAGUCACUGUUGGAGAUCUAACAGUCAUUAUUACAGACUUUAAGGAGAAAGCUAAGUCAGCGCCCGCCUCCAGUGCUGCUGCUGGGGAUCAGCACAGCCAGAGCAGCUGCAGCUCUGACAACACGGAGCGGGGCGUGUCCAGGUCCUCCUCGCCUCGAGGGGAAGCCUCGUCCCUGAACGGAGAGUCUCACUAAACAUUCUUGCUCCUCUUAGUCUCGCCUGUCCUCCCAUGGAAAUACAGAUUAUGCCAAGAACUACCACAUUUUCAUGACAGACACAUUCAUGCAUAACCAUAAUUUGAGUUUUACAUGAAAUAUGAAUUUUUCCAGGACUUAUUAGAUUUUAUCGCAGUGUAAGCUACCAAACAUUUCCAGACUUAACGUUUUGGUCUCUGCUGUUAAAUGCCAUGAAAAUGUGGUUGAAUUAUUCAUUAUGCAGUGUUACUGGUAAGUCUAUUUUCACUUAUAGUUCAGUGAAUUCUAACACAUAAUUAUUGAAUUCUCUACUAUUGGCAUGUAAUGAGUUUAAAUUUUUUAUUACAUAGUGCAAGCUGCCUAAAUAUGUAUUAUUUGAGAAUUGUGAAACAAAUAGUUAUAUGUAUGCAAGUCAGAGAUCAACUUAAUCAACUAUUGCUGCAACAGGAUUUUCUUAAUGGUUAUCCUCUUAAUGCACCUGCUGGUACUUGGUGUGGUUAAAUAGGAAAGUUGUUAUUAAAUAAAGAAUUUGUAUGAACCUUUGCCGAUGUUUUUGACAUGUUUUUACUAAAUUAUUGUUUCUGAGUUAUGUUUUAUCCAUUUUUGCAGUUUUUAUUUGUUAGUUUGCUUAUUUUUCAAAGCAUCAAUUUAUUGUAAUGUUUACUAGCAGAAUUGUAAACAAUAAAACAUGGAUUGUUUAGCUUUCUAAUUCAGGUUUAGUGCUAUUGUCAUUGAACACUGGUUUUUCCUGUAUUCUCUAAGACAUUAAAGUUAAGGAAGUAUAAGCAUCUGGCAGAAAGCGAAAAGAACUUGCCAUACUUGGAAUAGCUUUAACUUGAUGAUAGUUUAUCACUGUUUCCUCGUUCCAAACCUAGCCACAGUCAUAGACAUGUGAAUCUAAUUAAUAUAAACAUGGUAACUAUUGCACAGAACUGGGAGGUUAAUCUUAAAUCAGUUUAAUUGGCCUUUUGCUAAAUAUAACAACUCGUAUGAAAACCAUAGUACCCUAGUUCCAGAUACAGCCUUCAAUUUAUGCAUUUAUCAGUAUCUUGAAAUAAAAAGUAUCUACAGCCCCACUCACUUAUGUACAAUUUCCAAUAAAAUAUUUUUUAUGACUUCAGAUUUUGCAUUUUGUUUACAACUAAAUGAAAUGAAGUGUGUUACGUUGUAUUUGAAAAUCCAUUUUAGAAACCGCAUCCUACAUCUUAAAUUCUAUUAAAUUCUUUUGUUUUCUCUAGCCAUUUGCUUAAUAUAUAUCUACCUAUAGGGGGCUUCUGAAAUGUAAAUCAACCUAAAGACAAGACCUUACUUGAAUAUAACCUAUCACAUAAAACAUGCCAUGAUAACGUUUGAAGGAAAAAUAAAACUGUGGACCCUGAAAGUUGUGAUAUUUGGUUUCUCAUGGUAAUGUAACUCUGUUCAAUUGCAGUACUUUUUAUUGACACAGUGGUACUCUUGUAACAUGCUAGUUGUGAAUACAGUUUAUUGCAUACAGUAAAAGUCUGUGAUGAAAACA